AUGUGGAAAAUAGGACAAAUAUGUGGAUCAUCCGACGGAUAUCAGCGUUCAGUUCAAAUUCGACUGCCUUCACGACUGAUAAUAACAAGGCCCAUCAACCUUGUCAGCCGCUUCGAAAUCACUUCAAAUUCAACUACUCAAGAACACACUCCAACUGUGCCCACGAAUACUCAGAACGAAUCAACGGAAAGAAGAACCCCAUCCCCGACCCAUCAUAUGGUCACUCGGUCCAAAGCUCGACGACAACAACUGAGCCUACCCUUAUUCAUUUCGAUCAUGACAGCUCUCCCACAGUGCAUCAUUACGGCCAGCUCUCGUUGUCCUGAAGAAUUAACACUUGACAAGAAAAUCAUUUACGCAGCUCCGUGUGUGACAAAGGGAAUAGCUGUAGCAGCGUAUUCAAAGGAGAAUAAACGGCAGAUCUGCUGGUUUCCAAUUACAUGCCCACACGGCGAAACUCGAGCUUCCUUCCACCCAUCAAAGAAUCUACAACUCUGCGAACGAAAAUGCGAAUGCCCAAAAUGGUCACAAUUCUGCUCACACUACAACAAUUCUCGCACACAGGGACCAAAGGCGUCGAACAUCCCAUCUGAGUUUCUUCAUUUUACUCCUGACGAGGUCUGCUCGUCAGGAGUAAAAUGA